GUUAAAGUACAUAACCUUCUAUAGACAUGUGAAACAUAAACUCUAGAAUUCCAUGGGACCUGAUCAUUCCUGAUUUAUAAACAUCUUAUUCCCACUAAUACAUAUAGCCAGGAUGUGGUUUAAACUAAGAACACUAUUCAGGACAUUUGCCAAAAGUCAUUUUCAUUGUCAGCUGUUAGCUAAUAUUCAACCAGUUGUCCUGGACACUGCCUCCUUAAGGAUACUGAGCUAAUGCUCCCUCCAUGCAUGCUCCCUGAAAGGAGGAGCUGUAGCUCUUUUCAACUUAGACUGCAAAUCCUGUGGAAGAUGAGCACUUGUGGUCUUGGAGGGUAGGAUUAACUUUCCACACUGAUGUCUGCUCUUGAGACAUUGUAUAAGGAACCAUAGCUUAGAGAAAUGGAAUCAUACUACAAGAUAUAAUUAAGUCAUAGGACAAUUCCUUAGUCCUCAGAAAAGGUCUGGAUUUAGUCCCCUUUCCAAAGAUUUUGUGAAAGACAUAAUAAAGCACAGCUUGUGUUUUCAGGGGCCCCAAAGAAGGGUCAUCUGAAGGUCUGAUGUAGAAAAUAUUUGUUGUACAUAAUUUGAGAUGAAAGUGAAUAAAGAGUUAGUUUUAUUUUUACCUUUUUUAUCUUUAUUUGUUAACAUUUUUUUACAUUUAUUAUUUUUAUUUUUACAUCACAAUUUGGAUAACUUAAGGGCACUGAACAUAUGCACUUUGCUCAAUUAUGCAUUUGCCAGUUCAACAUUAAGUUCACAACCACAGUUUGUAUUUCAAGCAUUGCCUUCCUUUUUUCACAUCUAGAGACUCAUCACUGAGCAUGCACAGGGCUGUUUCACAGAGCAGUCACAGAGGAAGUUUGCAUCACAAUUCACAGAGGAUACAAAGAAGUCACUGCAAGCUCACUUGAUGGCCCAAAAGAACAACCCAGCUGUCAAAGAAUAGUCUUUUACUGGUAGAUAGUCUUUUGCCAAAAACUCAUAACAAGUAAAACAAGAAGUGUGUAAAACAAACAGGCAGACAAAAAACAACUCCUCAAACCAGCAAGAUAAGUCUAAGCAAUGUGGGAAUUCAAAGUAAGUGUCUGGAAGACAUGAACAGUUUUCUGUCCCAGGAGUUGGCCAAAUCCCAUUAAUCUGCAUUGCAAUUUAGCUUCCAUUAUGAACUACUGUUUUGCUUUCCUUUGUACUUUAUGAUCUGUAUAAUUAUUUAACAUCGUCUUUUUUUUUUUUUUUUUUUUUUUUUGCUUUUUUUAGGUUUUUUAGGUCUUACAAAGAGAACUCAAAAUAUUGAGCAGUUUCUCUUCAUGUUUCUCCUUGACUCUUUUUGCCUUUCAACUGACAAAAUGGAAAACUGCAUAUUGGAAAGGAAAAAUGGAAAAAAAGACAAGCUCUGAUAAGAAGAGGUCUUGGCACACAAGCUUAUGAGCAAAUUGAGCUGUUUCUACAUUCUGACACUGGAAAUAACUGGUGAAGACAACUUGUGAGCACUUGGAGGUAUAGACUGAGCUUGCAGAUGUCUCCCCAGAAUCUCUCGCUUUCAGACCCACUGCACGUAGCAGUUUUGGCUUCCAUACUUUCUUUUAUCAUUUACUGGAUCAUCAGAGACAGAUACAAAGUGAGAAACCUGAAUGGAAAGCAUGUGUUCAUAACAGGUUGUGACACUGGACUUGGAAACUCACUGGCUAAAUGGCUUGACAAAAAGGGAUUUUGUGUCAUUGCUGCAUGUGCCACAGAAAAAGGAAGCCAAGAGCUACAGUGCUGCUCUUCACUCUUACUGAAGACAGUGAAUCUGAAUUUAGCAGACUUCAACAGCAUUGCCAGGGCUGUGGUGUUUGUGACUGAACAGACAGCUGGCAAGGGGCUUUUUGCCUUGGUGAGCAAUGCUGAAGGAACUGCACCUGUAGGACCCACUGACUGGCUGAGGAUUGAAGACUUCCAUUCGGUCCUGGAUGUCAGCCUGCUGGGAUUGAUUGAAAUCAUACUCAAGCUUCUGCCACUUCUGAAAAAAGCUGAGGGAAGAGUCAUCAAUCUAAUUAAUGCUAAAGGUCUCAUGGCUUUUGUAGGGGGUGGCUACAGUCUGUCCAAAUGGGGCAUGGAAGCUUUCUCUGACACCUUACGGAUAGAAAUGCGGCAUUUUGGAGUGAAAGUAAGCAUUGUUGAGCAUGGUUUCUUUAAGGCAGAAGAAGUUAAUUCAGAUAUCAUUGAGAAAUACCUCUUCAAACUAUGGAACAGACUGACUCCUGUGAUCAGGGACUCCUAUGGAGAAAAAUACUUAGUUGAAUAUAUAAAAGCCCAAAGAUCAUUAGUGAAAAGACUGUGUGACUAUGAUAUUUCUAAUGUCAUAAAAUGCAUGGAACACGCCCUGAUAGCAAAGUACCCCAGGACACGAUACAGAGCUGGAUGGGAUGCAAAGUUCUUCUGGCUGUUUCUCUCCUAUGCCCCGAGCUGUCUGUCUGAUAUGCUGCUGCGUAUUCCAUUUCCAGCUCCAGCAGAGAGCAGGAGACCAGUUCAUGGAGUUCUGAUGAAUGUCUAGUAUUAACACAGUAUCAGCA